AUGUCCUCAUUUCGUGCAAAUGACUAUGAAAAAAGUUAUAAAUUGGCAUUUGGUAUGCAAUUGGUUAGCAGCUGUUCACAUCUCUCAAGUGCCCCACCCACAGGAACAAGAAACAUACUCGCAGAGCUCAACCCCGUGAACAACAUAAAACUCAAACGUGGGUUGACCAAUGAACGGCUUGCUUCCAUUGUAGCCAGAAGUAGAUUCAGAAUGAGCAUAAUCCUCUAUGUUCUGUUUUAUGCGUUCCUAUUAUGUCUUCCUCCGCCCUGCUUAGCCAUGGAUACUUUGAAGAUCGGUGAAAGCCUUCAUGACAGGGAAGAUGCCGCUGCCACCCUUGUCACCACGGGAGAGCAGUUUGAACUUGGUUUCUUUUCCCCUGCUCGAAGCCAAAACAGAUACCUUGGAAUAUGGUAUCAUGGGAUAGAACCGCAAACUGUUGUCUGGGUUGCUAACAGAGACAACCCCAUUCCUCAUUCAAGAACUGGAAUUUUCCAACUUUCGCUAGAUGGAAAUCUCACCGUGUUAGAUACAGAAGGAAAUCCUUAUUGGUCUUACACGCCUGAACAAGUAUCUUCUCUCGCAAACCUCACAGUGAGGCUUAUGGAUUCUGGGAACUUAAUUCUGGCAGACGACCACUUACAAGCGACCUACUGGCAAAGCUUCCAACACCCUACGGACACAUUUUUGGUGGGCAUGAAAAUGGAUGAAGAUUUAGUCUUGAAUUCUUGGAGAGCCUCUGAUGAUCCCGGCAGCGGUAAUUACACAUUUGCAGGUGGAAAAACAGGGGAUAGCAACUAUACAAUCUACGUCAACCAGAACCAAGUUCACUGGGCUGGUGAAACGCGCCAAGAUUUCGGCUCAGAAGGGACAAUGCUUUCGCUGUUGACAAACUUCACCCAAAGGCCUUCUACUUAUAAAAACAAAAACAUGUCAACAAAUGCACUUCGUUCUGACUUUGAGCACACAAGGCUAGUGAUGAAUUAUACAGGACGGGUAGAGCUUUGGCGCUGGGAUCAGAUCGAAGGAGGAUGGGCGACUAGAUGGAACAAGCCAGAUAGCAAAUGCAAGAUACAUAACGUCUGUGGGAACUUUGGCAGUUGCAAUAUUAAUAGUUCGCCAAUCUGUAGAUGUUUGCCUGGAUUCACUUCUAAGUCGCAGGGGGAGAACCAGGUUCCGUCCUCUGAAUCUGGAGGGUGUUUCAGAAAACCAACAUCAUGCGGGCAAAACACGACAACAUUCAUACACUUGGAGAAGGUGAAAGUGAGAAAACCAGACAAAAAAGUCAACGCAGCGAACGAAACAGAGUGCCGAUCUAAGUGCCUCAAUGGGUGCCCCCCUUGCACCGCUUAUUCAUAUGAUGCGUCAACAAAUGCCUAUAGUAGGAUGUCCAUACCGUGCUCUAUUUGGACUUCUGAUUUGCCUACCCUCCAAGAAGAGAUCGAUGCGGGCUUUAAUCUUUCUGUCCUGGUAAAUAAACCAGAUAUAGAACCAACUCCAAGAACCUGCAAACCUUGCGGCGUAUUCACAAUUCCUUAUCCGCUAAGCACUGAAGCAAGUUGUGGUGAUCCCAUUUACUCUCAUUUUAAGUGCGACUCGCCAACCGGGCAGGUUAGUUUCAUUGUGGGAGAAGAGCCUUAUAGAGUUACUAACAUUGAUCCAGACGAGAGAUCGUUCUCUAUUCAAAUCAAAGAUUCGGAUAAUUGUCCCGCAAGCAAUCUCGAGCGUUGGCUUGAUCCGUCAUUUAGCGUGACUCAACAGUGCGAUGAUGUAGAUGAAGCAAAGACACUAAAGAUUAAUUGGUCUGCUCCAGAUGAACCUCCCUGUAAUAACUCCGUAGACUGUGAGGGCUGGUCUCAUUCAACUUGCAACGCAACCGGUAAUGGAAAUGGAAGAUGCCUCUGCGAUGAAAAAUAUAAAUGGGAUGGCCUCAAUUUAAGCUGUACGCAAGACUAA